UUAUUGACUUGUUUCGUACCUUAUUAAAAUUAAUAGCUGAAAAUUCUUAGAUUUGAAUUGAGAAUCUUGUCCUAAUCCAAGUGAAGAGGCCAUAGGUAUAUCUUUAUUUAAGUAAUCACCACUUUCCAAAAGUAAAAUAGAAGAAUAUAGAAAUGAAUGCAAAAAAAAGGAAAAAGAAAUGAAUGUCUAUAGAAGAUGUACAGAGUAACAGUGUGGUUGUAUUGUAGUGCCUUUGGUCUAUUGGUUGAAGUUGGUGAUCGAUAAGUUUUUAUCUGCUCGCUUAGACUUGAUAACCAAGAAUUCUAGAUUUUGGUGUAGAAACCUAGUUGCCAAAGAAAAAACUUUUUACAUUUGUUUCGGUUUCAAUUUUUUUCUGGGGAAGGGUAGGCAAAGAAGAAGCCUAUGAUUGAUGCUUAGCUAGUGUCAAAUAAUCGAAAACCAACCUGAGUCAGCAAAUGAAAUGAUGGGUUAUAAUAAUUAUAUAGGUCCCAUGUUAAUGAGGAUUGAGACACUUGAAUCUAAUCCUUACGCAUUAUAUAAAGUUUCUAUUCAUCUUGUUUAGUGGAACCUCAUCACCUGCUUACUCACUUCUUACCUUUUCAUUAUAUUAAAAAGAGCCAUAAGGAAUAUAUACCCUUAUAUUUUAUAUACCCAAAAGGCUCUUUUAUUCACCACUUCCCCUAACUGAUUAUGUACAUAACCAUGUAUUCACAUCACAUGUGGACAUGUCAUCUAACCCCUACUUAGGAUAUAUGUUGAAUUUUGCAUUUGUAAAGGUAAAUCUCUUAUCUACAAAAUAAAAUGGUUGCAACUUGCAAGUAAAAUCGCUUGCAAUUUGGUAUAUAAACAUGCAUUUCAAUAGUGUACAAGUUACUUUUAUUUUACUAAAAAGGAAGUUAUAGAUAUUUUAUAUCAUUAUAGAAUCUCUGUCCAAAUCCAAUAUGGUUGCACAGUUACCUGCUUUUGGGUAGAUAUACACAUACACAGGAUAUCUAUAUAUACCUUCUCUUGUGCCUCCUUAGCUCCCAUUAAAACCCUCAUUUCUCAUUUGGGUGUUUCCUUUAAUUUCAUUUUUUUUUUGUUGGGUUUGAUUUUGAAAAAACUUUUCAAGUUAUGGUUGAUCCUCAAUCACCAAUCACACCACACCUAUACCCGCAAGCAAUUCAACUUAAACUCUACCAAGCCUUCAUCUUUUCCAUUCCCAUCUUAUUCUCCAUCAUUCUCUUCCUCUUGUUCUAUCUCUUUUACCUCAAGAGAAGAGCCUCUUCUCUCUCUUCUCCUUCUCCAAUGAUUCUUCCUGUUUCUUCGAGCCACCAGACUUCUUCGCAUCUCCCCUCGGUUUGUUUGUUAGAUGUGAAAGUAGAGCUUAAAGACAAGCUUCAUGUUGUUUUGUUCAAUGAAGAACUAGGAACAAGAGAUUCUCUAUGUUGCGUCUGUUUGGGAGAAUUCGAGUUGAAGGAAGAGUUGGUGGAAAUGCCUUUAUGUAAACACAUAUUUCAUCUCGAUUGUAUUCACCUUUGGCUUUAUUCUCACAACACUUGUCCUCUUUGUCGCUCCUCUGUUUCCAUCUCCUCCACCAAAACCUCUGUGGGUGACGACAACGACCAUCCAGAUUCUCCUCAAACUUCACCGGUUUGACUCGAAACCCCGAAUGAAAUAAGCAAAUACCAGUUUUGUUAGUGAAUAGAUCGAUACACAAUGUAAAUCUUAAUUUUGCUGAUUCAAGAUAUCAAAAUGUAAUCCAUCACAUUAUAAAUAUUGGUUACACAAAUU